AUGGAAGAUAUCGGUAUCCCUAGUUUUGUGAGAUGUGAGAAGGAAGAUAUCAGUAUCCAUAGUUUUGUGAGAUGUGAGAAGGAUGAGAUCGGUAUCCCUAGUUUUGUGAGAUGUGAGAAGGAAGAGAUCGGUAUCCCUAGUUUUGUGAGAUGUGAGAAGGAAGAGAUAAGUAUCCCUAGUUUUGUGAGAUGUGAGAAGGAAGAGAUAAGGGUCCCUAGUUUUGUGAGAUGUGAGAUGGAAGAGAUCAGUAUCCCUAGUUUUGUGAGAUAUGAGAAGGAAGAGAUCAGUAUCCAUAGUUUUGUGAGAUGUGAGAAGGAAGAGAUCAGUAUCCCUAGUUUUAAGGAAGAGAUCAGUAUCCCUAGUUUUGUGAGUUGUGAGAAGGAAGAGAUCAGCAUCCACAGUUUUGUGAGUUGUGAGAAGGAAGAGAUCAGCAUCCAUAGUUUUGUGAGUUGUGAGAAGGAAGAGAUCAGCAUCCAUAGUUUUGUGAGUUGUGAGAAGGAAGAGAUCAGUAUCCCUAGUUUUGUGAGAUGUGAGAAGGAAGAGAUCAGUAUCCCUAGUUUUGUGAGAUGUGAGAAGGAAGAGAUCAGUCUCUCUAGUUUUGUGAGAUGUGAGAAGGAAGAGAUCAGCGUCCAUAGUUUUGUGAGUUGUGAGAAGGAAGAGAUCAGUAAACCUUCUUUCGUGAGAUGUGAGAAGGAAGAGAUCAGUAAACCUUAUUUCGUGAGAUGUGAGAAGGAAGAGAUCAGCAUCCAUAGUUUUGUGAGUUGUGAGAAGGAAGAGAUCAGCAUCCAUAGUUUUGUGAGUUGUGAGAAGGAAGAGAUCAGUAAACCUUGUUUCGUGAGAUGUGAGAAGGAAGAGAUCAGCAUCCAUAGUUUUGUGAGUUGUGAGAAGGAAGAGAUCAGCAUCCAUAGUUUUGUGAGAUGUGAGAAGGAAGAGAUCAGCAUCCAUAGUUUUAUGAGAUAUGAGAAGGAAGAGAUCAGUAAACCUUGUUUUGUGAGAUGUGAGAAGGAAGAGAUCAGUAUCCCUAGUUUUGUGAGAUGUGAGAAGGAAGAGAUCAGUAUCCCUAGUUUUGUGAGAUGUGAGAAGGAAGAGAUCAGUAUCCCUAGUUUUGAAGAGAUCAGUAUCCCUAGUUUUGUGAGAUGUGAGAAGGAAGAGAUCAGUCUCACUAGUUUUAUGAGAUAUGAGAAGGAAGAUAUCAGUAUCCCUAGUUUUGUGAGUUGUGAGAAGGAAGAGAUCAGCAUCCAUAGUUUUGUGAGAUAUGAGAAGGAAGAGAUCAGUAUCCCUAGUUUUGUGAGAUGUGAGAAGGAAGAGAUCAGUCUCACUAGUUUUAUGAGAUAUGAGAAGGAAGAGAUCAGUAUCCCUAGUUUUGUGAGUUGUGAGAAGGAAGAGAUCAGCAUCCAUAGUUUUGUGAGAUAUGAGAAGGAAGAGAUCAGUAUCCCUAGUUUUGACAUUGAUGACAUUAAGGACAUUGAUGACAUCGAUGACAUUGAUGACAUUAAGGACAUUGAUGACAUUAAGGACAUUAAGGACAUUAAGGACAUUGAGGACAUUGAGGACAUUGAUGACAUUAAGGACAUUGAUGACAUUGAUGACAUUGAUGACAUUAAGGAGAUUAAGGACAUUAAGGACACUGAGGACAUUAAGGACAUUAAGGACAUUGAGGACAUUGAGGACAUUGAUGACAUUAAGGACAUUAAGGGUAUUAAGGACAUUGAUGACAUUAAGGACACUGAGAACAUUAAGGACACUGAGGACAUUAAGGACACUGAGGACAUUAAGGACAUUGAGGACAUUGAGGACAUUGAUGACAUUAAGGACAUUGAUGACAUUGAUGACAUUGAUGACAUUAAGGAGAUUAAGGAGAUUAAGGACAUUAAGGACACUGAGGACAUUAAUGACAUUGAGGGCAUUGAUGACAUUAAGGGUAUUAAGGACAUUGAUGACAUUAAGGACACUGAGGACAUUAAGGACACUGAGGACAUUAAGGACAUUAAGGGUAUUAAGGACAUUGAUGACAUUAAGGACAUUGAGGACAUUGAUGACAUUAAGGACAUUAAGGAGAUUGAUGACAUUAAGGACAUUAAGGACAUUGAGGACAUUAAGGACAUUAAGGACAUUAAGGACAUUAAGGACAUUGAUGACAUUAAGGACAUUAAGGAGAUUGAUGACAUUAAGGACAUUAAGGACAUUAAGGACAUUGAUGACAUUAAGGACAUUGAUGACAUUAAGGACAUUAAGGACAUUAAGGACAUUGAUGACAUUAAGGACAUUAAGGACAUUAAGGACAUUGAUGACAUUAAGGACAUUGAUGACAUUAAGGACAUUAAGGACAUUAAGGACAUUAAGGACAUUGAUGACAUUAAGGACAUUAAGGACAUUGAUGACAUUAAGGACAUUAAGGACAUUGAGGACAUUAAGGACAUUAAGGACAUUAAGGACAUUGAUGACAUUAAGGACAUUAAGGACAUUGAUGACAUUAAGGACAUUAAGGACAUUGAGGACAUUAAGGACAUUAAGGACAUUGAUGACAUUAAGGACAUUAAGGACAUUAAGGAGAUUGAGGACAUUGAUGACAUUAAGGACAUUAAGGACAUUAAGGAGAUUGAGGACAUUGAUGACAUUAAGGACAUUGAGGACAUUGAGGACAUUGAUGACAUUAAGGACAUUAAGGACAUUAAGGAGAUUGAGGACAUUGAUGACAUUAAGGACAUUGAGGACAUUAAGGACAUUGAUGACAUUAAGGACAUUAAGGACAUUGAGGACAUUAAGGACAUUAAGGACAUUGAUGAUAUUAAGGACAUUAAGGACAUUAAGGAGAUUGAGGACAUUGAUGACAUUAAGGACAUUGAGGACAUUGAGGACAUUGAGGACAUUGAUGACAUUAAGGACAUUAAGGACAUUGAUGACAUUAAGGACAUUAAGGACAUUGAGGACAUUGAUGACAUUGAUGACAUUGAUGACAUUGAUGACAUUGAUGACAUUGAUGACAUUAAGGACAUUAAGGACAUUGAUGACAUUGAUGACAUUAAGGACAUUGAUGACAUUGAUGACAUUAAGGACAUUGAUGACAUUAAGGCGAUUGAGGACAUUUAG